GUAGGCUGGUAUGUAGGUUGGUAGGCCUAGACUAUUCAGACACUACCCAAACAACCUAGGUAAUAGACUAGUAAUCUAGAUACUGUACCAUACCUACAUAAGUUCGACACACACCCCUCCCUUUCUGCAAGGAGGCUUCAACUUUAAAGCGGAUUGCCUUGCCGUAGCGUCCAAACUAUUGUCGUCGUCCGUUUUCUUAUAACCGUGGAAUCCCGUCUGUAUCUCCAUAUCUAGCCCUACAACCGAUUUCCCGCUAGUUUUUUCUUGCCUAGGUAGAUAUCAGACAAAGAAGGUACCUUAUAUAUUACCAUUGACUUGCCCUCCUACUCUUUAGCUCUCCCUUAUCUUGUCCUUGACACAUUCCAACACAUACCUCGUCCUAGAAGCCGAUCUAUACACAUUUCCACAUAUCCUCUUCGUCGGAGCUAGAAACGUAUAACCGAAUAUCAUAUCUCGGUGGAGUAGAAAUAAGGGUUGGCUAGAAUAUAACUCACAAUCAUAAUCGCAACCACCACAAUGGCGACCACCGAGUCUAUCCUCCAAGGCGUCUCCAUCUCGGGCGACAUCCAGCCCGAGCAUAAGAAGAUCCUCACACCGCAAGCGUUGGCCUUUCUAGCACUGCUGCACCGCUCCUUCAACGUCACGCGCAAGGUUCUUUUAGAACGCCGCAUCAUUCGCCAGGCCGAGCUUGACAAGGGCUACCUACCGGACUUCCUCCCAGAGACCAAACACAUCCGUGAGAACCCGACAUGGAAGGGUGCUCCGCCCGCCCCCGGUCUCGUCGACCGAAGGGUAGAGAUUACGGGCCCGACCGAUCGCAAGAUGGUGGUUAAUGCGCUGAACUCCGAUGUCUGGACUUAUAUGGCCGAUUUCGAAGAUUCGAGCGCCCCGACGUGGGACAACAUGAUCAACGGUCAAGUAAACCUAUACGAUGCGGUGCGACGCCAGGUAGACUUCAAGAUUGGACCUAAGGACUACAAGCUGCGAACAGACAGGGUGCUACCAACAUUAAUCGUGCGCCCUCGUGGCUGGCAUCUAGACGAGAAGCACGUUACGGUAGACGGUGAGCCGAUCUCGGGCUCCCUGUUCGAUUUCGGUCUGUACUUCUUCCACAACGCACGCGAGUCCGUAGCGGCAGGGUUUGGCCCGUACUUCUACCUACCCAAGAUGGAGUCGCAUCUCGAAGCACGCCUAUGGAAUGAUGCGUUCAACCUUGCGCAGGACUACAUCGGGAUAUCGCGCGGUACUAUCCGCGCUACCGUGCUCAUUGAGACCAUUCUCGCCGCCUUUGAGAUGGACGAGAUCAUCUACGAGCUGCGCGAUCAUAGCUCCGGGCUUAACUGCGGUCGCUGGGAUUACAUCUUCAGUACGAUCAAGAAGUUCCGCCAGAACAGCAAUUUCGUGCUGCCGGAUAGAGGCUGCGUAACAAUGACGGUGCCGUUCAUGGAUGCGUAUGUUAAGCUGCUAAUCCAGACUUGCCAUAAGAGAGGUGUCCAUGCCAUGGGUGGUAUGGCGGCUCAAAUCCCGAUUAAGGAUGAUAAGGAGGCGAAUGAGAAGGCGAUGGAUGGCGUGCGCGCAGAUAAGUUGAGGGAGGUCAGGGCUGGCCACGAUGGAACUUGGGUAGCUCACCCCGCUCUAGCGUCCAUCGCAUCCGAGAUCUUCAACAAGCACAUGCCGACACCGAACCAGCUGUUCCGACGUCGCGAGGAUGUCAAGAUCGGUCAGAACGACCUGCUAAACAUGAACGUGCCCGGCAAGAUCACCGAAGAAGGUAUCCGGAAAAACCUGAACAUCGGGUUGGGAUACAUGGAGGCUUGGGUCAGGGGUGUUGGCUGUGUGCCGAUUAACUACUUGAUGGAGGACGCCGCCACAGCCGAGGUUUCUCGAUCACAAUUAUGGCAGUGGGUACGACAUGGCGUGACGACAGCCGAAGGCAAGAAGGUAGACAAGGCGUACGCGCUCAAGCUCCUCAAGGAGCAGACGGAACAGCUUGCGGCCAACUCGCCAGCCGGCAACAAGUUCGCCCUCGCGUCGCAGUACUUCGCCGGCCAGAUCACCGGCGAGGACUACGCCGACUUCCUAACUACCCUGCUGUAUAACGAGAUCACAUCCGUGGGUAACGCGGCACCGGCUAGUAAGCUAUGAUAAGCCUGCUAGGUGUUGCUAAAUAGGGGAAGCCGGGUAUCUAGUUGGUAUAUAUUAGUAUAAAUCUAAGGGAGACGAUACGAGAUCAUAAGGAAAGGAAGAGAAUAAGAAUGGUGACGGGACAUAAUGGACAAUCAAGGCCAAAAGGAUAGGCCGUAUUGGAACGGCUCUUGUAUGCUAUGAUGAUAUAAAUGAAACCAAAUCAAAUCAAA